UCAGUGCACGGGCAGGUCAGUUACUCCAUUCCCGAGGAAAUGGCGAAAGGCUCUUUAGUCGGUAACAUAGCGCAGGAUUUAGGUUUAGAUAUCAAUAGACUGAAAUCAGGGAAAGCUCGUAUUUAUACUGGAGACAGCGCAGAGUACAUCGAGCUGAAUAAAGAACGGGGAGUUCUCCUCAUCAAAGACAGAAUAGACCGUGAAGCUCUCUGCGGACAGACGACGCCUUGCGCACUACAUUUUCAGAUUAUUCUAGAGAACCCGAUGGAAUUUUAUUCCAUUACUGUUGAGGUAACUGAUGUCAAUGACAACCCACCGGUUUUCAAGAAAAGUGAUAUCAGGUUUAGAAUUAGCGAGUUAGCUCUGACGGGAGCUAAAUUCAUUUUGGAGAGAGCUAUAGAUCCAGACGUUGGUAUUAAUGGCCUCCAAAGCUAUUCUCUCAGUUCAAAUGGUAAUUUUGCACUAAAACUGCAAAAUCAGCCAGGUGGUGGUAAAAAUGUCGAAAUGAUUUUACAGAAAUCUCUAGAUCGAGAAAAACAAGAGCAAAUAUUAAUAGUGUUAACAGCAAUGGAUGGAGGAGAGCCUCAGAUAUCUGGUACUGCACAGAUACACGUCACCGUGUUAGACGCCAAUGACAAUGCCCCAAUUUUUACGCAGCCGAUUUACAGAGCUACAAUUACUGAGAAUGCACAGAAAGGUACAGUUGUUACUAAGGUCAGUGCACACGAUGCUGAUCAGGGCACUAAUGGCAAAAUAACAUACUCAGUAACAAAUACACAGGACGAUUUUCCUGAAAUGUUUGAAAUUAAUUAUGUUGAUGGUGAAGUUAUAUUAACUGGGGAAAUAGACUAUGAAAAAGCUCACCAUUAUCAGAUACAUAUACAAGCCAGUGAUGACGGAGGGCUGACUGAUUCAUGUAAAAUAAUUCUUGACGUCAUUGAUAUAAAUGAUAACAAACCAGCUAUUAAUAUUAUGUCCAAGACUAACGUCAUAACAGAAGAUUCUAAACCCGGUACUGUAGUAACUAUGAUUAAUGUACAAGAUCCAGACUCAGGUGAAAAUGGUAAAGUCCAGUGUUCGAUAAACGACAAUAUUCCAUUUACAAUCAAAUCAACGUCAAAUAAUUUCUUUACUUUAGUAACAGACAGUGACUUGGACCGAGAGAGAGCCUCUGAAUAUAACAUCAGUGUGACGUGCUCUGAUGAGGGAGUGCUCUCCAGCAGCGUCACUCUCACCUAUACAGAUAUUCAGAUGUGA